AUGGAUAAGACUAUGGAGAGGAAGUUUUUGAAGACCACUGUGGCCGGAAUAUUGAUGGAAAAUGGGUUUCAAGCGGCAGAACCCGGCGCCCUGGAGACCCUCGUCGAAAUGCUCUUUAGUGUGCUAUCACAAAUAGGAAAUAGUAGCCGUCGUUAUGCAGAAGUAGCUGGGCGUCUCGAGCCUCUCGGUGCCGAUGUUAUGAUGGGCCUAAUUGACAUAGGUAUGUUCAAAAAUGCGUCCAGUUUAUUAGCUUAUGCCAAAAGAUCAAAUCGAGCUGUUCUCCCUAGCCCUGUACCAUCUGUACAGCCACGCCAAACAAGUAACCUUCAAGCAGGGACUAGACUGCCACAUCCAUCGUAUAUGCCAAGUUAUAUGCCAGCUUUUCCAGAUCCGCAUGCAUACAUUAGGACACCAACACACAAACAACCAGUAACUGAAUAUGAAGCGAUCCGAGAAAAAUCUGCAAUUCAAAAGCAUGAACUUGAAAAAUCAUUAAUUAAGUUUUUAAUAAAAACUGGCCCUACUGAAAGUUUAUUUUUGAACCAAGAAAAUGAUUGUUUUGCUUUGAUAGCCAAUAAGCCACAACAACCCGCAUACCUCUCAGCAUUGUUACCUCAAGAUCAAGUAUUUGACGAGGAUCCCGAUGAAACUGAAAUACCAGUACCUACUAAAAAAAUUAAGUUCAAAAAAGAAAUUCAGAUAAAAGAAGAAUUUGAUGAAAAUGAAGAACAAGAAAAUGAAAAUGAAGAAGAAGAAGAUAUAAACAAUGGUGAUGAAACUGAAUCAAAACCAGAAGAACCCAUUGACAAUCCUUUCUUGAGACCUGUUAAGUAUCCAGCUGCCCCUUAA